UGUAUAAAUCACAUGUAUGCACAUGUACAUAUAUAUAUGUUCAUUAUGAAAAGAUUUGGUGAUACCCGUCAGUAAUGUUUCCAAGGCACCCUUCAUUCAUCACACCGGUACACAUGCAGCUACAAGAGAAUGCCAUGGGGGACACAAUGUGCCCAGGGAGUGUUUGAACUAUGUUCCUGUUGUGAAUACACAGCCAUCUAGGGGUCCAGGCCACAACUGUACUUCAAUUCCCAGGGCUCUGCUCCCCGGGUGUUUGAGAACUCAGAUGAUCUAAAGGUUUUAGCCUCACUGGUGAACCUGUCCCAGAGUUGGGAAAACAGCCCCAUCACAUGUGCCUCAGGGAUGUGGCUGCUGUGCCCUACUAUACCCUGCUCAACGAGCUGAUAGGAUGUGACCAAGAGCCCAUGCCAGAUGGAAAUCCACCAGAGUUGGGAAAAUUCUCUUACAUUUUCCCGCCCAGAAGCAUGAGCUGGAAAGAAAAGUGUAUCAAGGAACACAGUUCUAUUGCAGAUCAAGUUGAUGCAACCCACAGGACGCUCACCAAGCCGAGCCUGGCGUCGGUCACGAGCAGCCUGGGGUUGGGCCUGGCACCUGUGACAGUAGGUGGGAGUCUGGUGCUCUCAGCAGCUGAGCAGGGCCUGGGGGUGGCAGCCGUUCUCACCAACAUCUCGACAAGUGUCCCAGAAAACAGAGGCAGUUUGGCAGCAAGAGACAGAGCUAGCCAACUGGUGCCUAUUCUGGUGACUUGGAGGACAAAGGUCUUGGAGUCCUGAGGUCCUCCAGCGUUGGGGUUCUUCGUGUGUUACUAGGUGUGCCAGGGUCCUCCACAGCAUCAUGCCUACCAGAUGGCCAAAGUCAGUUCUGGCUUCAUGGUUGAGGUCAAGACUUUCAUAGCAACAGGCCAUGUCUGCUUAUGGAGGGCCAGAGGGGUGCAGAGAGCCAUUGCGAGCCCAGCUCUGGCCUUGGCCAACUGUGCCUGUGUAAUGGGUGCUGCUGGGGCUGGCAUACUCCUGCAAAACCAGAGGCACCUGGAGAAGGGGGUGAGGGUGGAGGCCGAGGAACUGAGGGCACCUGCCAAGGAGUCGGAGUGGCAGGUCCCAGCUCACCCAGCUCUGUAG